AUGGCCUGCAAAUACCGAGUCCAGACGAUAAUAUGCAGGGAUGGGAGCAUAUACGGAGGAUAUACACCGCAUAUCCAACACAUUGGCAAGUUUGUCAUUUGUGGCGCUGUACAAACGCGGUGUAUUCAUCAUGGCUUCCAGUUUGAUCGCAUAUCGCCGUAUAAGCCAAACAAUACCAUCCCAUCAAAUGAGCUUGAUGAUGUCAGCCGAAUCUCUAUCAAAACCCUCCCGUUCCCUCCCUUAAUCAAAGACAAGCUCUUUCAGCUUAUCAAGGCUGCGGGAAAGAAGAAGGACAUCGAUGCCUCGGGAUCAUACAUCGCCAAAAGGCUGGCCGCCAGGAGGUGCGUGGAGGUCCCGCGGGUGCUGCCCUCGAUACUGUUGGACUCGGACUCUGCGAAUACGGAGUACUUUGAGGGGAUGAAACAGCUUUCCGACGAACCAGAGUUCUUCCACCUCAAAACGCUGUUCCAACAAAAUAAACUAGGGGUGAAUGAGCAGGCGCAAAUCGAACUUGCCGAAGCGGAGGAUGCUAGGCACAAAAAUUCGACCAUACACUUCUCACCCAACAUCGCAGUUGCGCAUACGGCGCACACUUUCUUUGGGCACUACGCAGUGUGUCUACGCAUAUUCAACGAAGUAGUUACCAUCUCACCAAUCAUUAACACACGUGUACAGAUGAAGCUGAGAGCGCGGCAAUUUAAGCCGACGCGAAUUAUGUUUUACAAUGCAGGAGCUGGGGCCUCGGUGGCGGCGGCGCAUACGAUAUGGGAUCUGAAUACAUUUGAAGACAUACUGGUCGUUGAACCCUCAAGAAACCUCGCCAAAAUAUGCGAGUAUCUCAUACCAGGGUUCAAAAACAUGCGCUUCCAAAGCGACGUGUAUGAAAGCACCGACUUUUUUGAUUGCGUCGUCAUCCCAUAUAGUUUGACGGAUAUUCGAGGUUUUGAGGCAAGAACACUGCUGGUCAAGAACCUGUGGAAUAGGAUCAAAGUUGGAGGAUAUAUGGUUAUGGUUGAGGCUGGGACGCCAACAGGGUUCAGAAUACUCCACUCCAUUCGUGAGGUGUUCAUAUCGCAACUGGAGAAGGGUCGCUUCCACUUUCUGGCUCCUGUGAGUCAGCAGAUGCAUUUUGCUUGCUUUAAAGUAAUUCAGUGUCCACAUGAGGGAUUCUGCCCACUGGCAUUGACGGGAAAGGACUGGUGCCACUUCUCCCAACGUAUUUACAGAAUUCCCCACUAUUUAUACCAAAAGGGUUCAAUCGCUAGAUCCAUAGACAAUGAAAAGUAUUCGUACUUGGUGGUUGGAAAAUCUGCAGGACCACGGCACCUACCAGCCUUCGAGAUGGGGUGCAGGCAAAAAUUGAGCAAUGAGGCGGACGCCAAAAAUGCUCAAGAAAAGUCAUUCUUUUGGCCACGUAUCGUCAUGCCACCACUGAAGCUUGGUAGAAGAGUCAUAAUGGAUUUAUGUUCAGCUCCAAAUAAUUUCAAAAGGAUACGGAUACAAGUAAACAUUAUGUCACCCUGUAUAAUGCGAUUCAGAUGCGCACGGGACGCCAUGUGGGGGGACCUCUGGAGGUUCCCGCAUCGGGACCAGCGGCCGAUAGCUAGAGCAUACAUGCCAGACACGGUGAGGCAACGGCUUAUUGGGAAGCCUAAAACGGGGUAUAAGAAUGAUAGAGCACACAAGGGUAACGAGUAA